GUUUGAUGGGAAGGCAUUGGCUGGGCCCAGAGCUCUGUCAGUAGCUGCUGCCGCCUGCCCCAGAGGCGGGCUACGCGGUGGCGACCGAGGCUCCCCCGAGCGGACGGCGGGGCCGGGCGGCGCCUGCUUUCCUCAGCCGUGACUUCUUUUGGACAACUCAUGAUAUUUAUUAUUGUACCAAGAUUCUACAAAUAAAAGAUGGGUGGAUUAUUUUCUCGAUGGAGGGCAAAACCUUCAACAGUAGAAGUUCUAGAAAAUAUAGAUAAGGAAAUUCAAGCAUUGGAAGAGUUUAGAGAAAAAAAUCAGAGAUUGCAAAAAUUAUGGGUUGGAAGAUUAAUUAUCUAUUCUUCAGUUCUUUAUCUGUUUACAUGCUUAAUUGUGUACUUGUGGUAUCUUCCGGAUGAAUUUACAGCAAGACUUGCCAUGACGCUCCCAUUUUUUGCUUUUCCUUUGAUCAUCUGGACCAUAAGAACUGUGCUUAUUUUCUUCUUUUCCAAGAGAACAGAGAGAAAUAAUGAAGCAUUGGAUGAUUUAAAGUCCCAGAAGAAAAAGAUACUUGAAGAAGUCAUGGAAAAAGAAACUUAUAAGACCGCUAAGUUAAUUCUUGAAAGGUUUGAUCCAGACUCAAAGAAAGCAAAGGAGUUUGAGCCGCCAUCUGCUGGAGCAGCUGUAACUGCAAAGCCAGGACAAGAGAUUCGUCAGCGAACUGUAGCUCAGAGAAACCUUUCCCCAGCACCAGCAAGCUCUAAUCAGGGCCCUCCACCACAAGUUCCAGUAUCUCCUGGGCCAUCAAAGGACGCAUCAGCUCCCGGGGGACCGCCAGAAAGGACCGUAGCUCAAGCCUUACCCAGGCGCCUUGGAUCUCCUGCUACUUCAGUUCCUGGAAUGGGCCUUCAUCCUCCAGGUCCACCCUUAGCAAGACCCAUUCUCCCCCGAGAACGAGGUGCUCUGGAUAGAAUUGUUGAAUAUUUAGUUGGUGAUGGUCCACAGAACAGGUAUGCCCUCAUAUGUCAGCAGUGUUUUUCUCACAAUGGCAUGGCUUUGAAGGAAGAAUUUGAAUAUAUUGCUUUUCGAUGCGCCUACUGUUUUUUCUUGAAUCCUGCAAGAAAAACCAGACCUCAAGCUCCACGACUUCCAGAGUUUAGUUUUGAGAAGAGGCAGGCAGUGGAAGGCUCAAGUUCAGCUGGUCCCAUGUUAUCAGAAGGUGUGCCCUCCCAGGAGAGCCAGCUCAGCGAAGAAUCUUUAGAAGAACAAGAUGUUCUUGAUUGUAGUACAGAGCAGAGAGAUGACAAAAUACCAGUUACAGAGCAGACAAGCCAAAUGAUUGGAGAAACAUCUGGUUCAGAGGAGCCAGGGGAGAAACAAGAAGAGACUGAGAAUGAGGAAACAUCAGCAAAUGAAGCCAAGUCAGCUGUUCUCAGAGCUGAUUUGGCUUCUAAUCUUGAACCAAGUGAAGAAUCUUUGGUGACAAAGUAGUAAAUACUUCUAUGUGCCUUCAACUGGAUAUUUGUAGUCUUGUUGAUGUCAGUUAUUGCUUUUUUUGUGGUACUCAAGAAAAAAUUGCCUUCUAGAUACAUGCUUAAUAUUAUUCAAAUUCAGAUUGCCCAGCAAGUUCAGUGUGUCCAAGUCCUAUCACUGGGCAUUGAAAGUAAAAGCAUGUGGUAUCAGUUAAUAUGCAGAGACAUAGCUGUUAAAUACUUUGUGCAUUCUAAAUUUUUUUAAAGCAUUUUGUUUUCUACAUGUAUAACUUGUAAAUAAUACCCAUUUUGACAUAGGAACAAUUUUGGCUAGGAAUAAUUUCUUGAAUAGUGUUUAAGGAUUGAAACAUAAUUAAGAUUUUGAAUACUUCAUCGUUAAAUUUUAACUCUUGAGAUAUUUGCUCGUGGGAAGGAAAUAUCUAUUUAGGUGUUUACAUGAAGUGAUACUGAAAGCUGUUACCUUCAUUACAUAGACAUUGGUACGGAUUCUCAUUAAGAAUGCAACUGAACAGUCAAGUGCAGGGUUUCUUUUGAUGUCUUUUAUUUUGCAGCUGGGCCAAAGGCACGUGAUGUAUAUAGUUAGUUUAUGUUUACAUAUUAACAAAUAGGAAAUACGUCUGCACUUGACUGUACUUGAAUUCUUGGUAUUAUUUAUAUUUGUAAAAUAAUGAUAAUAUAAAUGCAUUUUUAUGUGUGUGUGUUUUGUUAAGGAAAAUAAAGAUAACCUGGAAGCGUUCUUUCCUCUGUUAUAUAAAUAUCUAGACUUCUUCACAAGGUGUCUUGAUGGAUGACUUGGCUAUCUGAAAAAAAAAUCUUGGUAGGGAGAGCUCACUGUAUCAUAAAUAUAUAGCAAAUUAUGAUGGUUUGUUUUCAUUUAAAGAAAUAAGAAAUUUAGUGUUUUUACUCAGAAGUUAUUUUUUUUCUGAUUUUGAAACACAUUAUGCCAUUGGUAGUUUUUAACUUUGAGAGACAAGUAUGUUUUUAAGAAAGGAAAUUAACUUUAAUGAAGCUCAUUGGAUUGAAUAUGUAUACCAAGUAUCAGGUGGGAAGAUUUUUUUGAUAUAGACUAGCUAUUAAACACAGUAUGUUAAUUUAUUCUAGCUUCCUUUAUGUGUCUUCUCCAAUAUUGAAACAACUGAAGUGAAUUUAUGCUACAGGGGAGACAUGAACGAUAGUGUGUCUGGCUAAUCUUUUGGCUAUCAAAUGUUUAUUUAAGUUAAGCAUAGUUUUUAUCAUUUAAAAGUUCACUUUUAUGACUCAACACCUCAUCUGACAUACAGAAAAACGCAGCUUGUUAAUGUUCUGAGACACUUUAGUGCCUGUAAAGUUAAGCAUGUGAGACUAACGUGAAUGUCAGCUUUGCAUUUAUUUCAUCUGUAAAAUGGGAAGAAUAAUAUCUUUUCCAUAGGUACUGGGAUGAUAAAAAUUAUUUAUAUGAUGUGCCUAGCUUUCUUGCUGGAUAAUUAAUACAUAUAAGGUUAUAUGGCAGAAUUUGUUAUUAUUAUUGAAAUUUUUGUGAAAUCUAUGGAAGGGCCAUAGAUUCUUUCUCUGGCAGAUAAUGUAUUUUAAAAAAAAAUGAACAUUCAGUUCAGUUGCUCUGAACAGAAACAGUUUUCUGCAUUAAUGUUGUCAUAUGCACGUGUUUAAAUGAUAGAUUAAAUGGAGAACUGAAACUAGAAUAUAAUCUUUUUUAAAAAGGUGUGUUUAUUUUUAUGAGUAUGAAUGUUUCUCUUGCAUAUGUGUCUGUGUACCAGGUAUCUGCAGAGGCCAGAAGAGGGUACUAGGUCAUUUGAAAUAAUAGUUACAGAUGUCUGUGAGCUGCCACAUGGGUGCUAGAGAUCAAACUUGGCUGGAAGAGCAGGAAGUACUGUUGAUCACUAAGCCAUUUUUCCAGCCUUAUAUAACCUUUUGUUUUUAAAGUGUGUGUAUGUGUGUGUGUGUGUGUGUGUGCUAAUAUGUUAGUAGCAUCUUGCUGAGUCUUGUUAAAAAUGUCUGGUGUACAAUGCUCAAAAAUGAGUCCCUAUUAUAAAAACAUCUCCAAAAAGGAAUAUGAAGAGAGUAGCUAGGUGGUUAGGCGAGCCCUGCUCUCCCAGAGUGCCAGAGUUACCCUCUCAGCACCCAGCUUAGCUCCCUCCUGUAACGCCAGCUCCAGCGAAUCGGAUGUCUUCUACCUGGCCUGGAACACUAAACUCAUGUGCGCACUCUUCCUCACAGAUACAGAUAAUCAAAAAUUUUAACACGACAGGUAUGUAACUGUUUGCUGUAUUUUAAAACAGAAAACCUUAUUCUGAUGUUAUAACAGACAAUGGCUGAAGAGAAUUAUUUCUGAUUAUUAGGAUUAGUGUAAAUGAGAGAAACCAGAGCGCUAACUUCCCUGUUCACAAGCACUCACCAGGUCACUGUGUCACUGUCCUCAGCGUGACCUCCCCACAGGGUUUAUCUUCUCUCUGUCUUUCCUACCCACAUCCUUCCAAUGUAGCUGUAGGAGUCUCCUCUCAGCUCUGUGGCUAUGUCUGCCCUUCCCUGCCUCAAGUGUCAGCUUAAAGUUGUUGUCUGACAGAGAUUGCCCUCUCAUACCCUGUUUGAGCUGACCCCCUGCCUUUUACGCCUGUGUCACAUCGCUGUGUCCUUGUUCGGAAUCCUUACUGCAGGGUAUUUUUCUCACCCACUGCCUUCGCAAUCUGCUCUUCUUCUGUCUGUCUGUCUGUUGAGAGUCCAGCAGUGCUCCACUCAUUUGUCAUGUGGAUGACGUGACAAAUCCAGUGGAUACUCCCACUUGUUCUUCUCCAACUUGGCAGAAGUGUUGAUUUGGCUGAGUGUGCUUUUUUCUUUGAGACGUCUUUAUCCUUUAGGUUCUCUACGUACACUACCAUUAUCUUCUCUGGUUUCUUGUUUUCAGUAUUUUUUGAAGACUUCUUCCACCCUUUUUUAAGACAAGGUUUCUCUGCAGCUCUGUCUGUCCUUGACUCUCUCUGUAGAUGAAGCUGGCCUCGAAUUCACAGAGGUCCACCUGCCUCCACCACCUGGCUGGCAUUCACGGUAUGUGCCACCACACCUGGCGCCCCUCUGCCAUCUUUAAAUGUUGGUGUUCUCUGGCUUCUACUUACUGUCAGUUCUUACCUCUGUACAUUGAUUCUCUGGGAGCUUUAUCACUGCCCAGGGACUUAAUAAUUACUGUCUAUGAAUGUCAGAUCUCUAGCUUGCCCUGUUUUGUUCAUAGCUAUGUGUUCAUGCACCUACUGCCAUGGCAUUGUGAAAUUAGUAUCUUAAAAAGAAUACUUGUUCAAACUUGAUUCUCAUUUCACCAAAAAGCAUCAGUAUUCAAGCCAGAAUUUAGAGUCUAUUUCCUCCUUUCCUCUGUAUUAAAACUGCUUAUCUGCAGCUCCUUAAUGCCCUCACCCCUAUUGAAUAUUGCAGUAUAGUCCAGCUUAGUCUGGAAUUUAUGGCCUCAGAUUCCUUGUGGCUUCAGAUUCCUGGAUACUGGAAUCAUUUUCAUGAGCCACUGUGCCUUGCUUUCCUCUUAAAUACUUUACAUUUAUAUUAUUUUUUCAUCUCAUUAAGUUGGUAAUAAAUCUGCAUUGUUCCAUCAAAUAACAUGCUGCCCGCUAUGUUAUGUCUGUUUACACACAAUUUUGUUUCUUGGGGAACAGUCCUGUGGAGAUUUUAUAUCUAUAGUUACAGGAAAGAAACAAUGUUGAGAGAAUAAGCAGCUUUCUCAGAGGUCUACAUCUGGUGUGGGAAAUCUGAGAUCUGAAUGUAAGCAAAUGACUUAUGAUGACUUUUCUCUUUUAGUCUUUGGAAUGGAACCCAUGGCCUCAUAGAUGCCAAGCACAACUCUACUGUUUAACUGUUGCUCCAGUUCCUGAAAGCCUCACUUUUUUUUCUGAGAUUGAAGAUGUUUUUUUUAAAUUUUUAUUAAUUACAAUUUAUUCACUUUGUAUCUCCCCUGUAGCUCUCUCCUUCUUCCCCUCCCAAUCCCAUCAUCCCUCCUGUUUCUUCACCCAUACCCCUCCCCAGUCCACUGAUGGGGAAGUCUUCCUCCCCUUCCCUUUGACCCUAGCCUAUCAGAUUUCAUCAGGAGUGGCUGCAUUUUAUUCCUCUGUAGUAAGGCUGCUCCCCCUUCAGGGGGAGGUGAUCAAAGAGCAGGCCAAUCAGUUCCUGUCAGAGACAGUCCCUGUUCCCAUUGCUAUGGAACCUACUUGGACACUGAACUGCCAUGGGCUACAGCUGUGCAGGGGUUCUAGGUUAUCUCCAUGAAUGGUCCUUGGUUGGAGUAUGAGUCUCUGGAAAGACCCCUGUGCCCAGAUGUUUUGGUUCUGUUGCUCUCCUUGUGGAGCUCCUGUCCUCUCCAGGACUUACUAUUUCCCACUUCUUUCAUAAGACUCCCUGCACUCUGCCCAGAGGUUGGCUAUAAGUCUCAGCAUCUUUGAUAGCCCGCAGCGUAGAGCCUUUCAGAGGCUCUCUGUGGCAGGCUCCUGUCCUGUUCCCUGUUUCCUCCUUCUGAAGCCUCACUCUUGUCGUUGUAUCGCCUUCUCAUAGCUGCCUCCCUCCCCUCAGGUUGCGAAAGCUACCCUUUAAGUGAGUUUCUCCGUCUUCAUCGGGCCGCUUUCCUAUCUUCUGUGUUGUGCGACUUUACACACUUGCUUCUGCCGGCAGUGAUUUGUGUGUUUGAGAGAGGGGAUCUGAACUUACUGUAUUGACUGACAAAGUCUGGGACAUGGAGCAGUUUUCUUCCCAGACAGCUCUCACAUCUCUUUUGUGUUGCAACUACUGUUUACAACUACCUCCCUUCCACCAUACACAUAGGUUAUUAUUUUCAGUGCUGCAUAUAUGAAAACAGUAAAACUAAAAUGAGACAGUCCCUGAAUUAAAACUUUACUUGAAUUGCAUCAAUCUGUGGGCAGUUAAUUUGUCUUAGCUUAUUUAAGCUAAUUGGUUGGCAUUUUCUAUUUUUUUUUUUUUUUUUACUACUACCUUUAACCUUUUUAGGGCCCAAGAGAAGAUGGGUCUGCAGGUAAAGGUCCCUGCUGCUAAGUCCGAUGACCUAGGUUGGACCUUGAUUUCCAUGCUCCACGUGGCAGAAGGAGAGAACCAACUCCCUCAGGUUCUCCUCUGACCUCUGUGCCUGCUGUGGCACGUGUGUGUCUACACACACAGACAAAUGAAAUUAGUGCAAAAUUAAAAUACUUUUUAAAAAGUUGCCAGAGUCAGAGCUGAGAAAAGUGUGUUCUGUAAGCUUGAACACUAAUUGGAGUUUGGUUUUGCAGCACCUGUGUAAAAGCUGGGUAUGGUUGCCUGGGGCUGGUGCUGACAGGUGGGUUCAGGAGCACACUGGCCAUCCUCCCUCUUUUUCCUUUGGCAUCAAAACUGAUAAAUGUUGGAAGUACUCUGAGAAGAUUAAAAAAUGCUUUUAAAACCUCCCUCAGUCCAGAAUUCUGUGAAAAGAAUUUUUAGCUACUCAAGACUUUUACCAGAUCCCUGGCACUUGACUUAGGAAAACUGAGAAAAAAUUAUUUUUGUGGCAAUAAAUAUUUCGUAGUCUGCAUUGAAGGGUGUUACAGGCAGGGCAUUUGGUGCACAUGCUUGUAAUGUUGCCUGUUGGUCAGGCUUAGGUUCCAGGUACUAUCAUGUGCAUUCUCUUAGGGUUCUUCCAGUGACUUCAAGGAUAGAAGUGUCACAUGGAGACUAAAUUCAUUUUCUAAAACUGGUUUAUGGGGCUGCAGAUAAGAUUUAAACAUGGUUACUGUAAUGGCUUUCUCUACUACCUGUGCACACUCUGGUAGCUGAGAGAAUUGGGCUAAAACCGUCGAGGUCCUCGUGCUCACGUGGUAUCUCGUGCAGGAGACACCUGGUUGCCUUUUAGGUCUGCUUCUCAGCUCUCUGUGAACACUGGAGAAAGAUCAUGUUUCUUAGUUUCUGUCUCCUUGAUCUCAAAUCGAAGGAAGCCAGAACUUGGAAUCCAAUGAUACACUGCACUUAUAACCAGAAAGUAGAUUCUUAUUCAUAAGCAGUGGACUUGUCUUUACCAAUACCAGAGUGGGUGUGCUGUUUCUACCUGAAAUUCCAGUGAAUGAUGGAUUUGGGACUAAAGAGUGAGAACUUACCCAAAGCACUAAUGGAGGGCUAAUACUUGAUCACUGUUUUUGUUCUCUUGGUGUCUGACGUAGGAGAGCCUCAUAAGAUAAACUAAACUGGAGAUGACCUAAGCACAUGUAAUGGCUGAGAGAGUGGGCCAGUGCUCAAAAGAGCCUGGUACUUGGGUUGGGCUUAUGAAUUGCAGGUAGGUUGAUUUGGGUUCAAUAAUUCUUUCCCUCCUUCCUAUGAAAUACGUAAAGGUAUUCAAAUAGAAAUAAAGGUCUUCAAGGGUAUCACUUCCGUCUCUUGGUGGCCUUGAACUUGCUGUGUAGACCACACUGGCCUUGAAGUCCCAGAGAUCCGCCUGCCUCUGCCCUCAGAGUGCUGUGAUUAAACCUCUGGACCACCUCACCGGGCUCUGCACUGAUUUGUCACUAACAUUCUAGCCCAUUUGGGGCUAGGACUGAUGCUUCCUUAAAACUUACUCAUUUUGACACCUGGAUCUAGUGGGUCCUAGAUAUACAUACACACCUUUAUGCAAGAUAAUUUAAGAAUAUUUCCUUUUUCAAUAUAUAGGCCAGUAUAUAGAUUUUAAAGUUGCGUGCUUGCCUCAAAGGAAAACAUAGUACAAGGAAAUGGAUCCUGUGCUUGUUACAAGUGGAAUUAAGACAUUCCAAUCUGUGUUUUAUGAACUAUAAGCUGUUUCCUAAAAAUGAAAUGGGCUACUCAUGUUUUACUGUCUAUUAGCAAGAAGUCCAAAGGCUUUGCUUACCUAGGAGUUGAUGCAUUUUUUUUUAAAGUUGCAGUGGUUUGCUUUAUAAAAAUAAACUUUCAAGAGAAAUCAAACAUAUUUGGAAUAAACUUAUUCUCAAUUAUGUGUUCACAAAGCUAUAGUGUAUGGAUUUUCAGAUUCGAAUGCUUUGAGUCCUGUAACUGAAAUUGAAUAUAAACUGGAAUAAAAAAUCUAUAUUCUUAUUUUGGUUGAA